CCGCGGGCUUCAAGCGGCUCGGGUCGGGGCAGCACCCCGUGACUAGCCCUCUGGCGUCCGCGCGGAGGACUUGGCUGGGCUGGGAGGCUGCAAAGUAAUAUUGGCAACAGUGCUUGCAAUGGAGUCACUUUCCUGCUCUUCUGAGGAUGGUAGUCAGCCAUCACGUGAUAAGAAUAAAGAGAUGCUCCUAGGUUACCCCACCAGGCGUCGCAGUUGUGCUUUGGUAAAUACUCCAUCUCCAUGUGUUAACAAAGCUAUUCAUCACAUUCAAGAGCUGGAAGUAAAGAUAGAAAGCUCCUUUCAACAGCAUGAUUGUAUGCUUGAGAAGGAGAAAAUUCCAUGCAGGACUUUAACCUUAAAGCAGGAAACAAAAGCAGUAUUAUCAGAGGUCGUUGAGCUGAUUAAGCGACUAGAAGCUGAACGUAAAGAGGCUGAAGAAGCUUUGAAGCGGGAAAAACAGCGAAAGAAAAAGCUUGUAAUGAAAAUUGAUUGCAUGUCAAUUUGGAGGCUUCAACAAUUCCCUAUAGCUGUACAAAAAGAACAUGAGAUUUGUACUCAAGAUAUCUCAGAACUACAGUGGCAUUUUGACUGUGCAAAUUGUCAGCUACAACAGGUAAAAGCCCAAGUACUUAAGAUAGAGACAGUUAAUGGAAGGAUUCAGGAGGAUAUAGACUUCAUGAAGAAAUACAGCCCUCUGCUGGAAGAAAAGCUGAAUCUUGAGGGUGACGCUAUGAAGGAUGUAUUACUGGCACAUGGAAAGGCAUCAAAAUUAUAUUAUGAUGUUUAUCGGGAACUUCUGAGAAUCCAGAAGAUUUUAAAACAAGUCACUGAAGAAGCUGAAAAGGAGAGAAAAUCUAUGUCUGAGAAAAUUAAAUACGCUGAGAUAGUGUUGAAGCAGUACCAGAAUGAUUUAAAACACUCAGAAUUUCUUUGGACUGAAUUGUGUAUCAAAUUAAAAGAAACAGAGGAGAAGAUUAUAAAGGAAGAGAGACACCUUGAAGAGUUAGUAAAGCAAAAAGAAGAGAUACAGGAAGAUACUAAAUCUUGGAACAACAAUGUACAGGAUUUAAACAAUAAAAUAUUGGCUCAAGAAAAUGAGAACAAAAGUUUAUCGGAUGCUUGUUCUGAAGUGAUUAAAGUGAUGGAAGAUUUAAAAACUAGCUGGGGAUCUGAACAGCUUACUCUGAAACAAAUGCUCCUCAAUACCCUUCAAGCAGUUGAUGAAUUGGAACAUGAAAAUAAAGAACUUGAAAGAGAAAAUGAAGAAUAUGUGCAAAAAUCCAGAGAAAGUUCAAGAAGAAAAAUAACGUAUCAGUCAGAACUGCAGAUUAUAUGCAAAAACACCCGUAAAAUUGAAGAGCAAAUAAGAAAAGUGAAUAAAGAGUUAUAUAAUAUUGAAAUGACUUAUGGUGAAGGAAAAAUAAAACUGGAGGAAUUAGAAGAAAAAAUAAUUAGAGAAAAAAUCCGCUACAAGAAUUUGGAAGAGAAUGUAAAAAAAUUAAUUCGAGAUGAAAGAGGAACAUGGCAACUGACUCAGGCCAGGAUUAAAGCAAUGUAUGGUGAGCUAGAGCAAAAGAAAAAAGAUAGCGUCAAGAUAAAAGAAGAAACUAUAAAGAAGAUAGCAGACAUUGAGGGACCAGUGGCUGAACUGGAAGCACAAUUUAUUGAAAAUAAAAAUAUGCAUAAAGAAAAUAUUGAGAAACUUUACAAUCUGAAUCAGAGGAUGCAAGAACUAGAUGAACAGAAGAAACAAGCAGAACAACAACUGGAGCACAAAAAGAGUACCAUGAAGAAUCAGUUAACUGAUAUACAGGAAAAAUAUUCAGAUGUUACCAGUCGGCUAGAUGAAACCACUCACAUUAUUGAAAAUUUUCAAAACAGAAUUCAUGAAUUAAAUGAAUUAGCAGAGACAAAGCAAAAACAAAUUGAAACUACAGAGAAAUCCCUCAUAGAAUUGAGGGAAAAUUUUAGUGCUGUUAACUGUAAGCAGGAGAAAAAUCAGAUGCUAAUUGAUUAUCUCCAGAAUGAAUUAGGAAAAUAUGAGAAGAGAAUACAGCAUGAGGAAAAAACAUAUGGAGAAUUACUAUGGACUAGACAGAAAAAUUUGGAAGAGAUGAAGAUUACUCUGGAGCAGAUGAUAAAAGAAAAUUUGUGGUUAGCACAAGAAUAUCAGAUCUUUCAAAAAUAUUAUUUAAAUGAUAAAGAAAACCUUAUGGAUCUCUAUGAUGAUAGGAUCAAGGUGGAAGCUGCAGUUAGAGAUCAUCAGCAGGGACCCCUCUUGCAAGCACCUGUUACAACAGGAAAUAAACCACCUCAUACAGUUAGGUGCCAUGGAACCCAUACCAUCACAACACGGGAGAGAGGUUUUUAUUCCCAUUACUUUCUAACUCAGAGAAAGACUGGCAGGUGGAGAUGCAUCCUGGAUUUACAAAAACUCAACAAAUCUGUAAGAACACAACAUUUCAAAAUGGUGACUAACCACACUAAUUCUAGCAUUAGAGAAAGGAGAUUGGCUUUCAGCCCUCGACCUCCAGGACAUUUAUUAUCAUAUUACCAUUCACCCAUCACACGGAAGAUUCCUGAGAUUCACCUGAGGGAAACAGCAUUUCCAAUACAGAGUACUACCCUUCAGCCUUUCCGCUGCCCCAAGAGUUUAUUCCAAGGUUCUCCUUGUCAUUGCAGCUCACCUCCACAGACAAGGAGUGAUGAUAUUUCCAUUCUUAGACAACUGCCUGAUAAUAAUCAGGCAUCAGGAAGCAAUAAAUGCCACACAGAGCAUGAUAACCCUGUUCAUGGACAUGGGGUUGCAAAUAAAUGUUUGGAAGUCCACACUGGUUCCUGUCCAAAAGUUGGAAUUCAUGGGAGCCUACCUCAAUUGUCUCACAGCAACUGCAAUGUUAUCCCAACAAUGCUUCCUCACUCUAGUCAACCUAAUUUCAAUGGUGAUGGACAGCCCACCAACAUCUACCAGAACAUGCUUACAACUCUUGGGGCAUAUGUUGGCAGCAACAUUUGUUGUAAAACAUGCCAGACUCCACCUGAGAUGCUUGCAGACCUGGCUUCAAACAGUGUAUAUACCACACAGACACUCUCUCAACAGAUGCCUCACAGUGCCACACAGAGUAAAAGACUCACUAACAUUGUGGACAGAAUCAAAUAG